AUGGAAGAGAAAGAAAAGGAACUCGUUCGACAGCAAGGGAUCAAGGAUCCAACUAUAAAAGUUCCAAGAAGGAAAGAUUUUUACAUCACCAAACCUGACACCAUAUCAGAACCAAUCGCUCAACCAAAUUUUCCUCAAACUGAUCCCAAGGAUAGAGGAAAACAGAAGAUUGUCUUCUGGCUUAAGAACGAGUUAGCUAAAGAAGCUCAAAUGGAAAUAGAUGAAGAGUUAGCUAAGCAACUUAAUGAAAAGGAGUUAAAUUCUAAACAAGAGAUGCUUCUAAAAAAGAAAUAUUCAGAAAUCUCGCCUGAAGAUAGAAGUACAUGGCAUGAUGAACAAUUUAUGUAA